UUAUUUUACGGUCGGAAAUCUUGCGAUGCCCACCUCUCCAAAUAGUGUAACUGGCCGUAAAUCAGUCAAACCUAAACCUAUAGAAGUAAGUUGCCAUGUGGCUUUUCGGGACAGAUUCAUCCCCUCAGAGUUCGAUCCUACCUAUAGCAGAGACAGAAUAGAGCCUUUCUAACCGUCUCCGGUGGGACCGCUGAAAAAUUGACGCUACUGUUGGACGCCGGAAACGACUGCUGAUAGAUUAUAGCUGCGAGAGGUUGGUGGUAAGUGGCCAUAUGGGGCUGCACGUGACAUCGCACGCAUGACGGAGGGCGUGACUCAAUGACACUUGACACAUGCCUGCGGGCCCAAGUGCAAGUGGACAACUCGUCUACCACGCAGUCACUACAUCCGAGCUCUGGUCCCUGAGCUUUAGUUUCUCUCUUACGCUGCUGAUUGCGGCCGUACAUCAGUAGGAGGAGCGCCACGGUUGUGAAGCUUGUGCUGGAGUGUACAUUCGCCUUCUGAUGACCUCGUGGCAGCGUUCGGACGAAGCGAGCUAGGCUUCGGAGAGUAUUUUGGCGGUGAUGUCCUAGGACCUAGCUGGGGAGACAAUUAGGAUGGGUAGAUUGAUGAGUUUGAUGUCACCAGCGUUCAGCAACUGGUUUGUUUUGUAGCCAUUUUGUUUUUGAAACUUUAUGUUUUUGAAAAAAGAAUAUAAUAUUGGUAGCGACAAUGAGGACGAGGGGAUGGUCAUCAUGGUGGAGUUCCAACAUGGCGGUGAUCGGCUGGAUGCUUCUUGUGUCGCGGAUGGUGUUGCAGUUUGCUGAAGCGCAUAGUGAUUGUGGUCCGGUGGAGUUUUUCGUUCCGCGCCAUGACAGAGAGAUACGAGACGAUUAUGUGGUGAAAGUGACGUACAGAAAUGGGUUGGUUGGAGGUAACCUAACGGAAGAGAGUAAAGAGACGAGCGAGUUUUUACAAUGCUGUUGGUCUGCUGUGCUUGAUUCAGCGAUCCAGAGUGUCGAGGAUUUGGGAGUUGGAACACGGCGGAGUCGCAGCUUGAACUGCAGCAUCUUGUCUCCUUAUCCCGGUAUAGAUACUAUUGACUCCAGUGGCGCUACUUCGUCACCAGAUUUUUGUCUGCGCUCUAAUUUUUCGCUCAAUACCAGCUACAUUGUGGGAAAUUCUGGACGUGAACAUGAGAAGGGCUUUGGAUGCGACUUGAAGGCGGAGGCUGUGCUUUCUUUGUCUUUGUACCUGAAGUGGUUUUGGCUGGUCCCCUUGUCUGAUAUGGGAAGCGCGAACAGACCACCCUUUUUGGCGUCAGUGCAAACCCGAGGAGAAUGCUCGAGUGUUCCUUGUAGGCUGACCAUUAGCAAAAGAUCCCGGUCAAGUGUGCCGGAAGUCUCGAGCAUGAAAUUUUCGCCACGGUAUUUGGGAACAGUGGAGUGGUUUGGCGCCUUGUCGAAUAAGAAGCAUGUGCUACUGUCACAGGAGUAUGAAGCUGCUCUAAGUCUCCAGACAGAAAUAAUGCGCUCAGUUGAAUCCGCUCGCAUUCGAACCCUCCAGAGCAAUUCCAGCACAAAGAUAUUCUACUUUUCAUUGUCCACAUUGAGCCCAAUGUUGAGCAUCGAAACCCCUGGAGAAGGCGCAUUUCAUUUGGGACGUCGAUCAUUGCUGGCUAGAGUCGUCAAAAGAGCCGAUUCUAUUACUCAAUGGAGCGUUUUCGUCAUAGGGACACUUCUCACUUUAUCUGGAAUAUCUAUGUUAGCAAUACUGUGUGCGGGAAAAAAGGAACAUGAAUCUCCAGCUGAAUUCUUAGACACAGUUCCUAUUCUUCCUCCUCGCUACUCGUUCACCAAAUUACAGAGAGCUACAAGAAAUUUCUCUCGAAAGCUAGGGGAUGGCGCGUUUGGAUCCGUCUACGAAGGUACACUACAGAACGGUAUCCGCGUGGCUGUGAAGAUGCUCGAGAAGACUUCCGUGCAGGGAGAGAAGCAGUUCAGAGCCGAGGUUGCGUCCAUGGGUGCGAUACGGCACCUCAAUCUCGUUAGAUUACAUGGAUUUUGCUCCGAAGGCACUCACCGCCUGCUAGUGUAUGAGUUCAUGCCGAACGGCAGCCUGGAUAGUUGGCUCUUCGGCAAAAAACAGGGUGGAAAGUUGCUGGAUUGGGCGCAACGUCUUAACAUUGCCGUUGGGACCGCGAGAGCCUUGGCAUACUUGCAUGAAGAGUGCAGCGAUCACAUUAUUCACUUAGAUGUCAAACCAGAGAACAUUCUGCUUGAUCAUCAGUUCUGCCCCAAGUUGUCGGAUUUUGGACUCGCGAAGUUGAUGGAUAGAGAGCAGAGUAGGGUGGUGACAAGCAUGCGCGGCACACCUGGAUACCUAGCCCCGGAAUGGUUACUCCCCCACGCUGCUGUGACUGCCAAGACGGACGUGUACAGUUUCGGAAUGGUGCUCUUGGAGCUCCUAAGUGGACGCGAGAACACGAACUUCUCUCUAGGCAAGGAUCAGUGGUACUUUCCAGCGUGGGCUUUUAAGCUCAUGGGCGAGGGUCGCACAAUGGAGCUCCUCGAUAAUCGGCUGCACGUCGAGGAGGUGGAGUACUUCCAUAAACAAGAUGCUGUGCGUGCUAUUCACGUCGCGCUGCUAUGCAUCCAAGAUGAUCCCGAAGCACGUCCCCCCAUGAGCCGCGUUUUGCACAUGCUGCAAGGUCACGUUGAACCAGAGCCUUUGAAUGUUCGUCAAGCCUCAAUCCAACCUCCGCGUCGUCUUAUGACAGCCUUCGCUGCUAGUGAAUGCGUUGCGAAUCCUGAAAACAAAAACUCUGACAAGAACGACAAGCUUAACAGCCAGAAAAACCCGAUUUCCAACGAUCAGCAACUCAAACUUUCGAACGAUCAUCAACUCAAACACAACAACUGUAUCAGCGAUCCAGCAACAGACAUGCGCAACGACCACUACCCGCAACGGAAUGACAUGAAUUUGCCAAUUCACCAACCUGCAGUGCCUGCCAUCGUGCAGUCAUCCUUGCCAGGCGUCGCCGAAUCUCCAAGACUCACGACCAUGGAUGCUCCUCCCAAACUUUCACCAAAGAUGCCAGCCAUUAUGACACCACAGAUACCACCACAGCAGGACUUAGAAAACAUGGAAGAGGACAAGGAUUCUUUCAUGCUUGACUCGGACCUUCCAGCAGCUACGCAACAGGCGAGCCUGUACCGGAGCAUCAAAGGCGAAAGACUGGCUGGAGCGAACACACUGGGCUCGAACCCCAAGUGCAUCCCACCGUGGCCCGUGAAGGGGGACGUGAUCCUCCUCCGUGGGCCACAAGGAGACUUCCAUGGCGUAGUGAGGGAUGUGAGAACGCAAACGAAGUUGAUGCGGUUGGGGAUCCUGCACCGCCUCAGUUCUGAGGCAAGGUGGAGUGUUCGAGAGGAAGAAACCAUUUGGAGGCAUUGGAAUGAAUCCAUUCGGACGCUCGACUUCUGGACAGCCAUUCGCUGGGCCACCAUUCCGGGACGUGGGGUUGAGAAAUUCCCCAUCGAGUGGCAGCAGACCAGAUAAAAGUGUCGGCGGGCAUUUUUGUUUCUGAUUAGUCGGAGAGUUUGUUUGUAAUGAGAUGCUUUGCCUUUCAGAGACUUGGCCAAGGACUCUGAACUCCAAGUUUGAGACGUCAAGGGUACAAGUCUGAUGAUCUACUCAGUUUCUUUCAUCGUCCACUUGGGGGUAUGGAACAGUGAGGGCGUUUCUUCGAAGCAGCUACCAUAGAUUGACAACAAUGACGAAGACCCCAUUUUAUCUGUUCCGGCAAUGCAAGCUAUCUCUUGGUUCGACCAUCUGCCUCGGAGGUCCUUUUAUGAGUAGGCAGCUGCACCUUGACUGUAUAGUUACUAGUGUACUUUGCGAAAUACAUUAAGCCUAUUUUGGCUUUGGUUAGUCCUACACUUCUACUUCUCGAGUGUUUGUAUCUUUGGCCGUUUUACAUUGCUAAGGAUUGAAAGGUCAUCGACCGAGGGUCUGCUUGCAGAUGGACGGCUAGUUCUGGUGGUCUUUCAAUCGUGGUGGCUAUCUUCAACGUGGGUUGUGUCAUCUUUUUUUCACAGGGCAUGAAAACAUGUUUUGAUCCAGUUGAGUGAUGAUUUACCAGCAUUGUAGACCGGAUUGACGACACCGAACUUGAGAGAUGCCCUCAGACUAGGUCAAUCCUGCACUGUGCUGGAGAACGUUUUGAUAUAAAGAUGAAUCUUUCGGAGGAAACAGCCUUGUGUGCAAAUUCACGAAGAUGAAGUUGCCUGGUCUUGCUUGAAAAUACGUUUGAGCGCUACAGGAAGAUCUGGGCAGCAGAUUAUUGCCAUGCAAAAGUGUGGAAGCGUGUUCUUCAUUACUGUGCACUAACACUCAGUGUAGCAAUGUGACAAUUAGGAACUUAGUGUCUCCUGAAUAAUGUGUAGGGGAGACUGUUUGAUUGCGUGAGAGAUUUGAUGGUACCUAGUUUACUGCCUCAAUUGUACCCAGUUAAUUGUAAUCUGCGUGCAUUACAUUUCGGUGCGA